UCAAGCCGGUCGAUCAAUGUCCUUGCACUUUGUAAAUACGUAUUUGCAUGUGGCUUUACUAGAAUUUAAUUUGCAUUUAAUUCGAUUUUGGUCCAUUUGUUAGCUCAAAAUUGUAUUUACAUACUUUACAUAUACAAAUUCAGAACGCUUUUUUAAUUCGUACUAAAACAUCAAUGGACAAAUUCACGAACAAAAGUAGUAUGUGUGAAGUCAGCCAACACUGUUUUUUAUAUACAGUAUAAAGUAAAAAUAUAUUUAUAAUUUAAAGUACAUUAUUAUAAACCAGCUUUUCAAAAAUGGAAGAGUUCUUUCCCGAAUGGAAUUGGAACACAGCGGCUAAUUACUGUGGCUUAGGUCUCGGAACGGUUGAUGCUGUUGACGAUAAUCUUGACUUGGAAUUGGACGAAAUCCUCAAAGAAUAUAAUGAAGCACAAUCUCAAUCACAAGAGAAUGACCCAGUAAACCUCACAGGAGCUGAAGCUACAAGGAAUCUUCAAGACGAUCCGUUAGUAUGCUCUUCGUCGACAUCCUUGCCACCACAAACUUCUCCUUCCUCCUCCCUCUUGAAAAUUCCGAUUCCGGAAAUAACUUCAGAUUCAAAGUUGGUCGAUAUCAAGGGAUUAGCUUCUUUUGUCCAAGAACUGACUGAUGAACUUGAGAUUAUCUUAUUUUAUCAUCGAAAAUGCUAUAUAAAAAAUUUAAGCAAUUCCAAUUACAUCCGACAAGCACCAAUGUCUUCCUUUAGUCAAGUUGCCACUGAUUUGAAGCAUAAAUUUAAAACGCCAUAUAUUUCUGCAGAUACGGAAUCUGGAUUUUUAACUGUGCCUUCAAGCAACUGUGGUCAAGAGAAAUUUCCGUUUGUUCAUGAGAAGACUAUGGAAUGGAAAUCCUGUGAUCUCAACAAAUUAGAGUUAUGUGUUUAUAAUUCGUAUUACCAUCGACAACUUUUCUUCAUUGAUGGUCGGUUUCAGCAAAUGAUGUUAGAAAUGGGAUUUUCGUUGGAAGAUUUGAACCAAAUCCACAGUAUUAAACGCGAUAUGGAUCAAGAACUUUGGAGUGUAAUGAAAAUCGAUCGAAUGGCAGAGUCAUUAAAAAUCAACAAGUUCCGUAUUAUCCUAAACAGGUUUAUGAAGAUGGAACUCAACUUGAUUGAAGACUUAGUUGCUCAACAUGAAAGGGAUAAAACUCCAAUCAAAACUUUUCUUUUGCGUAAUGUGGGAAAAGAUGGUCAAAAUGUUGUCAUUGAUCUUAAGGAUUUGAUUGCGUGGAAGCAGCACGAAUCUCAAGUCCUCUAUAUGAAACGAAUUUCUCAUGAGGAAACACUGGACGUGAAGGAUGUAGACUGGCUGAUGGUUGAGAAAGAUAUGUUUAUGCUGACCAAUCGCACGGAGUCAGCAGAAGAGAUGAAGAACAUUUAUCGGUUUUGUAAAAGUAGUGAGUACAACCAUAGUCAAAUGUCAAAAACAGAGUUGAGUAACCUGAAGCUCUUGAUUGGAACACAGAGUGGUGUUAAGGGGAUUGAUUGGGCAAAGGUUGCGAAUGAAUUAGGAACGAACCGCUCUCCUAUUAGAAUAUUCCAGGCUUAUAAGAACUUUAUAUGCAACACAGAUACAAAUACCUUUAUGCGCAAUUACGACGAUAAACUCACCGCAUUUCUUCACAUUAAACAAUAUGUUGGUCAUGUCCCUCGAAUUGUGCACCGCCUGACAAAAAAGUUUGGACCAGUUGACCUCUUGUCAUUUGGUAUUACAUGGCAAGAAAUUAAUCCACGUUUCGCAAUUGGGAAUUUUUAUCCUGCCGAAGACGCUGCACUUUUAGUCGUAAUGGAGUUGCACAAAGACGCUUUAUUUGCCGGGAAGAAGUUUUCCAUAUUGCAGUAUCCACUUCCUUGGAGGCAUUGCAAUGUUUGGCGGAAAAGGGCUGAAUAUUUAUUCGGAAAUUAUGAUAAAUGGACAUUUGAAGAAGAUCAGCUCUUGUUGUACUCAGUAAGGAAGUACGGGCUAGAGUGGAAAGGCUUGGAUAAAAUAUUUCCAUACAGAUUAAGGAACAGUCUUCCCUCGAGAUAUCGUCUACUGCGCAGGAAACUGUCGAACAUAACGCUGGCACAGUAUCAUUCCAUUUACUACCGAAGAAUUUCUAAAUCAAAUUUGCUACUUCUGAGCAAUAUUAUUAAUGUUUUGCGUAAAGUAAUCGGAAUCGUCCCUACAAAACAAAAUGGUCAAGAAGUUCCAGAUAUUAGUGGAAACAUCGAGGAUGAGGAUGAGGAUGAUGAUGAUGAUGAUGACGGUGAUAAUAUAGAAAUGUGGAAUGACCAAAAACUUUCAGCAACCGGGCAGCCAAUAACAUCUUCCACCUUUAAACUGGAACGCGACUGGAAACCGUUAUCUGCCCAACCAACAACAGCUAGUAGUUCUAACCAAAUUUACUCUGCAAGUCCUCAAGAUCAAGAAGAUCUUGAGCUUUUGGAAGAUAUUUUGUCUUCUGGUCAUGGAAGUUUUUCAAAAAAAGUACAACCGGUGCAAGAAGUUUGUAGUGGUUGGAAAACUCCCUCUCAGACUAAUAUCCUGCGUUACCUAAAAACUUUUGACCGCUCAAUAAUUUUACACACCAUAGAGAGACUGGAAUCAUAUAUUAAUUCCCAACAGUCUGAUGCAAGAUCUUUAUUGAGUAGCAGUAAAUCCGCUGAACUUGUGCUUAGUUGCGAUAGACGAAAGUUCUUCCCAAUGGAUCCUGUUAGUGUUGCCUCAGCCCUGCAACUACGACGGGUGGAACUCAAGCCAAUUACUAGCGAUGUUUGGCAAAAUCUGAACGAUUUUGAAAGAGCUGUGUGUCAAGCUUAUGGCGCUUUUUCCUCUGCUUGGAGAACAAAGAAAACUAGUGCACGACCGUCCCUACCAAGUGAACUCUCGUUAUCAUUUUUACCUAGUGUUAAGAAUAUAAUUAAAACUCCAAGAGAGUUGGCAUGUGAUCCUCCUACCGUUUACACCACAAUAUCAAGUCUUCCAAAAACAACCAUCCAACAAGAACAAUAUAAAGCAAUAUUUGUUCCUGGAGUAACAAAUUACAACAUUGCAUCUACUCCCAUUGAUCCUGUCAUUGAGGAGACUUCAGAAGUGCAACUAGUAGUACCAAAUGCUACAAUGGUCGAAGCUCACAAUAGUCUUUGUCGUAGAGUUUGGAAUAACAACAAUUCUAUAAAAACGAAAACAAGGAGCAAAAAAGUUCGUCGUAGAGUUUUGAAUCUUGCUGCAGCCAAAAUCCGUUGGGACAAAGAAGUAGACAAAUUAAAUCUGGACACUGCAAUGUCGCAGAAGAAGGAACGUGAGAAAAAACGAGGCCUAUGGUACGACACGUUAUUAAAGAACUAUGGCGUUGAAUAUGCUGGAGGUUUUGAGGAACACUUAAGUGUCAACGACGAACAUGAUCGAUUGGAGGAAAUGGAUGACACGGUUAUUGAAGGAGCUCGCUUAUUGACGGUCCUUCACGACCAUGGCUAUGCCAAAGGUUAUGUCGAAUCCGUACAAACCGUUGUUGAUAACAUACGGAGAGUGGUACUGAAGUCCAACGUAUCUGGUGGGGACGACGGAGACUCGGCAAAAGAAAACUCAUUACAAUUACAGUAAUUACGUAUAGCUUUUUUCUUAUGUUUUACAUAUAAUAUUUGUACAUAUGCUAACAAAAUGACAAGCUUCAAAGCAACUUGAACCAGUUUUUACCUUUUUAUGAACUCCAAAUAUGACAAUAUAUACCCGAAUUAAAUACAAUCGCAUUAUCGAAAUAAAUUCUUUGAAUUGCA